AACGCAGCCAUCUGCUCUGCAGCAGAUGUGACCAUUGAAUUGUAAGUACAGUUCUAGCUCAUAUUUUAUUGUUUGCCUGCAUUCUACCUCUCCGAUUGGAAUGAUGUUCAAAAAUAGCAUGUAUUACCUGAUACCUAUUGAUGAUCCUUUUAUCACCAAGAUCUCUGACUCCAAUUACUACCCUCUUUCUCAUUUACCUCUGCUCCAACAGUCUGAAUGAACCGUGUGGCUAACCGAAAAUGAAGCUUGUUUCUAGACAUUCGAAGCGUCAAGCUAUUGUAAAAACAAAACACUCUGAAACCCGCUGUCAACCAUGGCGGCACCGACCUUUACCAUCCUCUACUUCGCCGGCGCAUCGGCGUACACCGGCAAAGAGAGCGAAUCUUUGCCAGCGCCAAUGCCACUUAGCCAGCUUUUCGGCUCCCUUGAGACGCGGUACCCAGGAAUCGGCACCAAGAUCCUCGACUCGUGCCUCGUCACGGUAAAUCUUGACUAUGUAGACGUGCCUGCCGUGACUGAGGCAUCGAAACAAGAUCCAGAGUCUGGCACAGUAAUUAAGCCCGGCGAUGAGGUGGCCAUUAUCCCACCCGUGAGCUCCGGUUGAUGUAAACCCCAUAACAUGCGCCGCCCUCCUUGCUCCUAUAGUCUCCCCGAAAGACGCUUGUGAAUAGUGAUGUAGACGAAUACAGUCAACCUCUACUCCUGUUCCUACGGGAGCAACGGCUGUCUUUCUGCAUCCCUUCUUCGACGGCGAACCCGGCGACGGCCGCAACACAUCCAGUUUAUCACUGCUAUGAACCAGCGGAGAAUCGACAGAAUCACAGAUAUGAUAAAGAGCGAUGCCAGCGUGCCAGUAACAGAAACACCGGCUGUCACUGCUGUGUAUGUUGAGACAGAGCAUCCAAACUCUUUCGUCCUCAGUUCCCACCUUUCAUCAGGGUGCGGGCAAAGGUCACUCUGGUAGAAAGGAGCUAAAAUAGGUAUCGAAUAAUUAUUCGGCACACAAGACCAAGUCUAAUGCCCGCAUUCGUUAGUAACUUUUAUGGCGUAGGUAGAGGUUGGACUGAAACCUACGUAUGGACACCAGGAACACUGGUCAACGGCUAGACAACCACCGCAGUCUUGGUUGACCCAGCAUCGGAGAAGCUCCUGCCAAUCAUUCUCAGUGCCUGUAAUAUUGGGAGCGGCCAUCUGGUGAUAUUUAUGGAGUGUCUGUGAUUCCUCCAUGAUUGUCGUUUUGUUUGUGGCAGGGAGAAACUUGAGAGCGCCGCAAUACAGAACGCGGGGCUCUAAGCCAACCAGGCGCAAUCCUCUGGCGUAUGUCACAAGACACACCAAACGAGGCGAACGCGCGUCGAGGCUCAAAACCUCGAAGUGAUGCAAUAGCAAUACAUUAUCA